CACUGAGGUAUUAUAAUAGGAGACAUCCGAACCAAUAGAAGUACACCACGCGCUUAGCUGGUUUACUGACAGUUUAAAAAAAUGGCUACACCAUCGCAACUCAAACAACUACUAUUCUUAAUAAUUAUUGUUUUACAGAGUCUGACACCUCUCGCAAAAGCAAGAGAACCGACCUACGUCACUUAUGGUUCAAUUGUCAAAUUGUUGAAUGUUGCUUACAAUGUUAGACUUCAUUCCCAUGAUAUUAAAUAUGGGAGUGGAAGUGGACAACAGUCAGUUACUGGGACCGAAACUAAAGAGGAUAAAAAUUCAUAUUGGGUUGUAAAGGCGCCCACUGGGAUUCAAUACACUCGAGGGAAGCCCAUAUCAUGCGGAGAUGUGAUCAGGCUGGAGCAUCUAGCUACGAAGAAAAAUCUACAUUCUCAUCAGGUCAGCUCUCCUCUUAGCAGACAGCAAGAAGUUUCAGCCUAUGGAGAUGAGAAUGGAGAGGGAGACACGGGGGAUCAUUGGACUGUUGUCUGUGACUCCGAUCACUGGGAGCACGAUGAAUCCGUUAUGUUUAGCCACAUGGAUACUCAUAAAUUUCUAGCAGCAAGUGGGAGCACGUAUGGAUCCCCAAUAUCUGGACAAAUGGAAAUUGUUGGUGAUUAUUCAUCUGGAAGUGAUCAUCUUCAAUGGAAAGCAAUGGAGGGCUGCUUUAUCCACCCCAGGAAAUUGGAGAGCGAGCAUGCACGCCACACCGAGCUCUAAGUACUUCUCUAUUGCCAUUAGAAAAUUUUGAAAUUGAAAGAAAAUAAUCAUGGACUGAUUGUGCUUUUGUAAAGCAUAAUCCAUAGCAAUUUUCAGUAAUCAUGUUCAGCACCUAUUAGAAAUUGUACAUAAUAUUUAUUCCAUGAUAAUAAAUGUGGCGUAGGCUGUUCAAUAUGAUGUGCAGAUGCCAAAGGGAUUACAACUGCAAUAUAAGAGUAAUUAGGUUUAAAUAAAAAAAAACUUUUCACAUAUUUUGUAUUAAUGUACUUAUGUGAUGGUAUACAAGCUGAAAAAAAAUGAUGGAAAAGAACGGGAGAAAACUGAUCACAGUUUUUAUUGAUAUAAUGUCAUAUAAAACAUGAAAUAAAUACAUCAGACUUAAUUCUACAA